ACCACCACCGCAGGAGUAACUACCACUUCAGCAGCUGGAGGAGGAGUAACUACCACUUCAGCAGCUGGAGGAGGAGUAACUACCACUUCAGCAGCUGGAGGAGGAGUAACUACCACUUCAGCAGCUGGAGGAGGAGUAACUACCACUUCAGCAGCUGGAGGAGGAGGAGUAACUACCACUUCAGUAGGAGGAGGAGUAACUACAUCGGCAGUAUCCAGCGGCGAUGUGACUAAUACAGGAGUGGUCGUGGGAGAAGUAACUACAACUGGAAAUGUAGCAGGAGCAGAAACAGCCACUACAGUAGCCGGAGGAGAGGCAACUACCUCGGCAGUGGUCGGAAGUGAAGUUACCAGUUCAGCAGUAACCGGAGGAGAUGUAACUACCACUGGAGCAGCCGGAGGAGCAGUAACCAACACUGCAGCAAUGAGUGUUAUUGCAACUACUACGACAGGAAUUGGAGGAGGGGUAACAGCCUCAACAGUUGGAGGAGGUGGGGCAACAACCUCAGCAGUCGGAACAAGUGAGGCAGCAACCUCAGUAGUUGGAGGAGGAGAAACUACAUCGGCAGUAGAUAGAAGAGAAGUAUCUCCGACAAGCACGCAAACAGCACCACCUACAACCAGCGUUUAUGUGGACAAAAGACCAGGCGAGUGAAACAAUCAGAUUCUUGGGGAACCGUUGUGACUUAGGGUGGGAAAUUGUAAUAAAAAGUCGAUCAUCAAGGUUAAGUUGACGGCGUCACUUACCUAGGCGCCAUGACGGAUUUUUCAAAAGAUACCAUCGGCUUUUACAAACAGAUUUUGGCGGUUUACUAUUAGAAUAAUUCUUUGGGGUAAAUUAAGCUGUUUUUAAGAUGCCUCGUUUCAUCGCAAUUGAGCUGCCGCUCUGAUUCCAAUAAUUUAACAACCCUUAACCUUAGAAGUUGUUGAAGGAAGAUCAACUUAAUUUAUCCCAAAUUAUAUCGAGAGCUAAAUUUAAUUUUAUGCCCCAGAGUUUCGCGCCGCCAAAAACGGAGAAUACGGUAGCUAUUAAUUUCCAUCAUUCCAGAAGAAAUAUUGCCCCAAUCCUGCAGGAAAACAUAAUCUAAAAGAAACUGAGUCAACACAACGACGUUAUCAUGCUUACUAAACGAGUAUGAAUACUAAAGUGAGCCUUUCUUCUCUUCAGGUGCAUCAGUAUCACUGAGCCUGAAAGUCACAAUUGAUUGUUCUAGCGACACCUUGGACACUUUUAACGUGACCAUAAUAGCUGCUGUAAGUAGAGAGCUUGGUCACUUUUAUCAAAAAGGAUUUAUCAUCAUGUCGUGGCAGCUCUCAUCCGAAACGACACUUAAAUAUGCUUUAAUAUGCCUUUUUAAUAGACAAUAAGAAAUAUAGCAGGUAAUUUAGUGUUAACAACUGAGUUGAAAACGUAAAUUGGCCACCGUAAAGGGUAAAAAAGCUACGGUGGCCAAUUUACGUUUUCAACUCAGUUGUUAACACUAACUUACCUGCUAUACUCUCCCACCGACGAAGCACCACAGUUUAUUUAGAAAUUUACCCCCUUUAUCAAUAAGAAGUAUACAUGAGUUCUAGAUGAAGACACGUUUCUAGUGUCCCCUUGCGCGCGAGGUGCUUCUGUUCUGAUUAUUCUGAUUUGCCAUAAAGAUAAAUCUUUUAAGAUUUUAUUGUAGCAAAGUGUAUGGGUGGUAUACCUUUUCAAUAGUCAUUUAAAAGGUGUGGGAUUUGUGGUUCAACCAUGAUAAACAUGGCAUAAGCUGAUCGUCAAUUGGCUGUAUGAAUCUCUGACUAUAUAUCUAAAUGCGAAUAUUUCCCAUAAAACCGUUGGUUUCGUUGCUUUUUAGGUGAGAACGUUUUGCAAUCGAGUGUAUAUAUCUUUUGAAAUGCACUAUCUUUCAUUAAUUCACUGAUUUGCCUUUAAAAAAAAUCUAUAACAAAAGGCGAGAUGGUUGAAUUAAGUUUUAUCAUCACCAAAUGCAGAUGCCUAAGACAAGAAUCCUUAAGUUCUUAGCCAUAAUUACUCACACGUUUUUCCAAUCCACAGCUUCCCAAACUAUAUAAUAGUAGAGGAUUCAGACUCAUUGGAGUGGAAGCUAAAAACGUUGCCUGCAGCUCUCUGUUUCAAGGGACAUAUAUACUGUCAUUUUACGUUGGAGGACCUUCUAACUUAACGAUUGCAAAAGUAUUUGAGAAUGGACUUCAAGAAGGCGUUUUCGGCAAUGAUAUAAAAGCAGAGAACACGGUAUCCACUUUCGAGUUUCAAGGUACUUCUUUAGACCGUAUGUAAAGGGUAAAAAUAAUAUUUUAAUUUCAUGGUUCAAUUUCAAGAUGUUUGAAAUGAGUCACGGUUCCAGUAAUACACAGAGUCGACGCUAACAGAUAAACUUCCCAGGAAAAACGUUUGAAACCUUUAGCUCGCUUCCUUGGUUUCGGUGGUAUAGUUUUUAAAACGUUUUAUAUGUAAAAGGACUACAUGCUGUUCUAUUUGGAAAUAAUUAGGUGAAAAAUAUUCAGAGGACAGCCAAAAUUGUACGAGGCCAUAGGCCGAGUCCAAUUUAGCUGUCAGAAGAAUCUUUUGAAACAAGUGAAACAAGUAAAAUCACCAAAGGAAAGCUUUUCCUCUUCUUAUUUCACGCGCAAAUUUUACGAAUAGCUCUCCGGUUGGAAGUGAAAUUUAUAUUGUAAUGAAAAGCAGACCGCAAUGAACGUCGUGUAGAAGCUUUUUGCAUUUCAGACCGUAUCAUCUGCAGUAGCAACCUAGAAAUCAAUUAUACGCCUCAGAGACCUGUAAUGUGAGAAAAGAUAACUUUCAUUGAUGCGGUUGGUGCGAAAGAGGUCUAUCCUCUCAUCCAUCUAGGGGAAAAAAUUAAAACAGUAUCACAGAUCGGGCCCUCUUGGAGAAUAAUAAGGUCCUUAGAGACCGAUCUAUCAAGAAAAUUUGCUUCUGCUUUUGCUGGCGUUUUCCAGGCUCUCUUUGAACAGAGACCAAACGGCACUCGGCGAGGCCCAUGCAGACGUUUUUGGCUCGCUUCCCUUUUUCGUUAUCCCUACUGAUGGAGAGCCUAAUCAAUGUACAUAUUAAGAUAACUAUUCUCACCUUACGAAAUUUUGAUUUUGAUUUUCUUGUAGGAGUUUUCAUUGAAGUAAAGCCCAAAUCUGGAGAGUGCGAAAGAGUCUGCUGUGAUGGACAAGGCGGGGAAUUGACUGUAGAGAGUGUAUGCACACCUUCCGACAAAUGUCACGGUUUUGACACCUCAGACAAGAAAGAUAAAGGAUAUUGUCCAGGGGAGACUAAGGCUUAUUGCGAAUGCAGUAAAGGUAAGGUCUUGAAAUUGAUAUUUAACAAAUAGAUUCCGUGUUGCCGCACAUUUGUUCGGUAAUAGACCAAAGAUGACGUAAAAAUAUGUAAGAACAGAAGAGAAAAGGCACAUGAGGCGCAGUCAAGUGUGUCGCUUAUGUUUUUACCACAUCUUGGCGUCUUCUGUGAUCUAUUAUUGUAAAGACCCAGGGAAACAUGAAAUCUAUUCGUUUUGAUAUGAUAAAAAGCAAAAUGUUUUUAAUGGUGUUGUCAUCUGACAUCUUUGCUUUCAUUCGCCCCAUUUCUCCGUCAUAAAUGUAGGUUCUCACAGAAAUGUGAUUGAAUUUACGACCAUAUUCUAAUAGGUUUUCAUUUUUGAAUCAAGGUUUGCAGGAUUUGCCAAGUUUCGCUUUAAUCACUGUACUGGGACUCGCAUCAUUGAUGAAGUAAGUAGCAGAAAUGUAAUAAAAAACUAA